AGAUGUCUCUAGUGCCGCUAUUAAGAAAUCCAAGUGAGAUUAUGUACAUUUAAAUAAUAUUUAAGAAUAAUUAUUACAAGACAUUUAAUUUAAUACUUUUUACAUUGAUGUAUCAUAAAGCAGACAUUUUUUACCUCCACAAUUUUUAUAUUUAUGACCUCAAAAUUGUACAAAUUUGUAUAUAUAUAUAUAUAUAUAAAAGUAAGGUUAUAUUUAAUGAAGUGUAUUUAAAUCCAAAUAAAUUGGUAUUAAAUAUUUAAAGAUGUUUGGAAAAGAAGCAUUCCAACUUAUUAUCGAACUUGAUUUGACCGAUGAUAUUAAACCGUUCAAUGAAACUGUGAUUCGACAAGUAUUAGAAGAAAUGCAGUAUCUUUACGAAGCAAAUUUACUUGAUAGUAAUGCAAUAAAAAAUGACGGCAAUACGGCCUUACUCCCAUCAGUAAAAUUUAGACACAUAGUUUUAACUAGAAACAAAAGGUGCAUCUUGGCAUAUUUGUAUAACAGAAUGAGAAGAUUGCGUCAAAUGCGUUGGGAUUUGGGUAGUAUUUUACCGCCAGAAAUAAAUUCGAAUUUACUGAAUGCCGAAAUUCAGUGGUUCCGUUCUUACAAUAAAUCGUUAGCUACUUACAUGAGAUCUAUAGGAGACAAUUGUGGACUUAAUUUAACUGUUAAUAUGUUACCACCUAAAUCGCUUUAUAUUGAAGUUAAAUGUUUAACGGAUUAUGGGAAAUUGGAGAUCGAAAAUGGACAAGUAGUUACUCUGAAGAAGAAUACAUAUCACUUAUUACCCAGAGUAAUUUGCGAACCGCUUAUCAGACAAGGUAUACUAGAACAUUUGGCAUAAUGAAUUAUUUAAUUAAAUACUAUGAAAGAAGAAGAAAAAGAACACAAGUAAUAAAAAUACGAGCCGCAAGGUAUACUGGAACAUUUCGCAUAAUAAAUUAAUUGUUUAAUUUAAUAUU